CAGAUAUGGAAUUUUCAGCGCGCAUUACAAUAUUGCAUCUAAUUACCUCAUAAAUUUUAUAAGAUUUUACAAUCAAAAAGCAAUAACCAAAAAAAGAACAGCGUUGCGUUUACAUUUUUAAACAAUGCACCACAGGAUAUGAAAUAUUGUAUGCAUACACUUAUUUUUGUUUGAAAUUGAACUGCUGUGUAAAAACUAUAUAAGCGCAAUUUUCUGAGCACUAUUCACUAAUUGUGGAAUUUUCUGUCAACUGACAUCAUGUAAAAUUUGCAAUCUGUAAGCAGAUGAUGAGAAGCCAAGGAAAUAAAUGAUGUUACCAUAUUAUUCUGCACAAACCACUGUCGUUCUUGCUUUAUUCAAACUAAUCCAUAUGUACUUCCUCAACCAAUGACAGCUAAAUUUGCUGAACUGCGUUACAAUGAAUCUGAAUUAGUAAUUAGUAAUACAUAAACUGAAAUAAUAGACUUUUCUAUGUAAGUAAUCAAUAAAAUAUACGUUUUACCAUCUGAAUACAUCCUAAUAGGCCUUUUCAUCAAAAGUCUUUUACUGGACUGGAAUGCCUGUUAGUGAAAAGAAGCGGUCGAUUUCACGGUUUGUAUUUCCACCUUGCAAUCAUGAGUUUCCAUGGUCCUUCGUCCAGCCGGACUGAUCCGCUAAGUAACCUAAUUGACAGCAAACCACCGGCUAAUGUCCAACCAUCCCGCCGGACGUAUUUGAGACUACCGAAAGUUAAUUUCGACUUCAAACGAUAUAGGUCAAUGUACUAUCGACGUCUCAAAAAAUACAAACUGGAGUGGAAGAAGCAUUUAGAAGAAUUAUAUUCCAAAUCUCGUGAAAUGGAACCACAGCAAAAAAUAACUCCAGGAAACAUUGUCGUUCCAGUUAAUGUUCCUUGUAAUAGCAUUGCGUCCUCACCGUCAUCGGAAGAACAUUUUCCAAUUGAACAUUAUUCGCAGAUGGCUACUAAGCAGUUCCUGUUAGUCAAGGUUCCUGCCAUUGAUAAGAUUUUGGUUGUUAGCGAGGUGUGGGUGGCUGGUGAAUUCUUGAUCCUCCCACAGUCGUAUUCGUGUGCAGAUGUCAUGGGACAUGCAGAGUUUGAUGAGGGUUCCACGCCUUACAAGUUCAAUCUUUUGGCACGCUUCAAUGAUUUUGAGCAGGCAGUGAAAACUGCAGCGGAAAUUGUGCACGCAUCACUUGGGGGCUCGUCAUCUGAGGACACGGAGCCUGCAAGCCAGUGCCGUGUUUCGAAACUGACAAGUGAAGUUUCGGAGGAUACUGCUCCGUUGAACUAUCCAUCUCGGUUGUUGGCUGACCCACAAUUUCAGUUGGAGACACCUGCUUUCCGAAAGCCAUCCACUGUGGCAAGAAAUGAGAGUUUGUUGUGUGUCUCUUCAACUUCAAAAGCCAACAUUCUUGUCCCCAUGGACAUGUAAGUUCACUUUCAUUUAAAAAUAUUACUUGCAGGUGCACGAAGAAUGAAAAGUCAGGUGCUUGCACAUGUGGUUGUUUGGAAGAGUUGAGGUAUUUCCGUGAAAGCGUGGAGUCACGUCUCUCUGCGAUUGAGGCUAAACUCUCGCAACUCAAAGCGGUCGACAGUAUUGACAAGAAUAUCCCCCCCUGUGUGAAUUCUGUUCAAGGUGUGAAGAGUUGUGGCAGGUGGCAUGUGGACAGCGACACCAUCAUGUCAUCCUCUGAGGCAAAACUGUCCGACGAGGAAUACCGUCGUUGUGUAUCAGCCGAACUUUGCACCUUAGUUGACACUGGUGUGUCAACCUCCGUUGGUCGCAUAAUGAAUGUGUUGCUGGAGCCGAAAUACAGCUCACAGUUUUCAUGGGCUGGUACCAAGGAGAAGAAACGAUUCAAGGACACUAACAUGUGUAAACUUGUGAUCCAAACCAUUAACAGUUCACACCAGCAAGAGAGUGCUAGUCAGCGUAGCACAGUGGACGCCAUUCAACGUUGGUUCCAUAACAGUCGCGACAGAUUGAAGUUGAGAAGGAGAAAACGACGACGUUCCCCUUUGAUCACCACCGACGAAAACAAAGAGAACAGACCAGAUGCCGAAAGCACACGAAUGAAUGCUUCUGGUGAUUCAUAUGAUGUUUGACUUCAAUGAAAUGUCGAAAGAUUGUAAAUGCAUUUACCAAG